AUGCCGCGAUCCUCGUCGCCCGAUAUAGUUCCUAUAUCCCCACCGCCACCACCAACAGCUUCCUCUUCGACCAGAAAGUUCACCUUGCCCAAGCGCAAUCCACUGCCCUCCCCAACGUCCGGCCGGCGAUUCCCAAAGAUAUUCCGCGAAGAGCCCAAGGGUGGACGGUCCAAAGAUAAAGCUAGGAUGAAGGCCAAAGAAGAUCGACUGAAGAAGCGGAAGGAAGAGUUCUUUGUCGGCAAGGGCAAGGAAAAAGCCGCGGAAACGAUAGAGGUCGAUAAAGACGAGGGUGAGGGUGAGGUAUUUGAAGAAGUGUCAAGGGCUAGGACGACAGAGAAGAUGAUGAACAGUCUGGGAAAGUCAGGCAAUCCAAUAACAAAUUCUUCUAUGCCUCAGAGAUCAGACUAUGUGGUAUCGUGCGCAACCGGUCAUCAAAGGAGCGAAUCACGGGGGCCGGUAGUCAACCAAACAUAUGCUCAAGUCAGGACAGACCAACUGCAAAAGCAAUCCCGAGCGAAUAAAACGAUGCUAUUCAAAGGCUGCUUGUUCUAUAUGAAUGGGUCUACAGGACCAAAAGUGUCCAAUAUUCAGCUGAGAAAUAUGAUUGCUGAGAAUGGUGGUCGCUUCACGACUGUCCAAACGUCUGCCUGCACCCAUAUAAUCGCCAAUGCUGGGCUAUCUGGUGGCAAGACACAGAAACAUCUAGAUAUGCAGGGUGGUAGACGGUCAAGUAGACAGGGUAGAGUCGUUCGAGUCGAAUGGGUCUUGGAUUCUGUUGCUCAAGGUGCAAAGCUGUCCGAGGCAGGGUAUACAAUGAUAGACAACCCUACACAACCAAAUCUCUUCACCACGCUAGGAGCCAAGCCAAAGUCAUUGCAGUCCGAGUGA